AUGACGUUAAACCUUAGUAAAGUAACGGAAUCUUACUUUGACAAGCUAUUUGUCUCCAAGAAUAAUACCGCAUUAAGCUCGGGAAUAAAGGCUAAAGUACUAUUAGUUGACAAGUAUACGACACCAAUCAUCUCGAUGUGUUAUACUCAAUCCCAACUACUUCAGAAUGAUGUAAUCUUGGUGGAAUUAUUGGAAAAUCAACACAGUUUGGCUCUGAUGAAACACCUUAACUGCAUUGUGUACAUAAAGCCUACAAAAGAAUCAGUUAUUUUCUUAAUGAAUGAAUUGAGAUCUCCACACUUUAACAACUAUCAAUUGUUUUUUAAUAAUACGGUCAACAAAAUGCAAUUAGAGAAGAUCGCAGAAGCAGAUGAAUUCGAAGUGAUAAACCAAGUCACUGAAUUGUUUCAAGACUAUUUCAUCGUUAAUAAUAAUUUAUUUACUAUAAAUAUACCCAAGCCAAUUGAGCUUGAAGACACUAAUAGAACAAACUUAGUUGUCGAAGAAGCGAAUAGCUUAUCAAGCUUGUUGUUAUCUUUGAAGAAAUGUCCUAUCAUAAAGUUUGAGUCGAAUUCUCUUGAAUUAAGAAAACUUGGAUCUGAAGUAUUAUAUAACAUCAAUUCGAACUCCAAUAACAACCUCUUUGAUGAUUUGAAUAAGAGUUCUGAUACACCUCCAUUGUUGUUGCUUUUAGAUCGAAAAAAUGAUCCAAUUACCCCCUUGCUUACACCAUGGACAUAUCAAUCAAUGAUCCAUGAAUUAAUUGGUAUCAGUAAAAACAUCGUUGAUUUGAAAGAAUCUAAAGAACAAAUAUUAUUGUCUGAAUCACAGGAUAAAUUUUACAAGGAAUCGAUCUAUUUGAACUAUGGGGACUUAACUGAUAAGUUCCAAAGAUAUGUUGAAGAUUAUAAAAAACAAACUAAACAAUCUUCCAUCUCGAAUUUAAAAACUCAAAACUUGGCCGAAUUGAAAAAAGUUUUAACAAGAUUUCCUGAGUUUAAAAAAUUAUCGAAUAAUAUAUUGAAGCAUCUUAAUUUAAUCAGUAAUUUGGAUAAAGAAAUUUCGGCUCAAAACUUGUGGGUUAUUGGUGAAAUACAACAAACAAUUAUAUGUGAUUUAGAGAAUCAUCAAGCUAUAAAAACUAAAAUUAUGGAAGCAUUCAGCGACCCAUCUGUUUCAACCGAAAGUAAAAUCAAGAUUUUGUUACUUUACGUGAUCAAAUUCCCGGAACAAACUAGCGAGUUAUCGAAUUUCAUCAAUAAAUUGAAUGAUACUUCUGUCACCCAGCCCUCGCCAACUGUUUCUCAGGUAUCAUUAAUAAAGAGUUUUAACAAGUUAUUCGGGAAUAAAGUCUUAAAAAGCACAAAUAAUAAUACUAAUAAUAUCGGAAGCAUAUUUAACAAGAAUAAAAUAAAUAUCAACCAAUUAUUCAGUGGUAAUAAUAAUAAUAAUAGAUCAAAUGUUCCAAAAACAGACAAUAUUUAUAUGCAAUAUAUCCCUAAACUAAAUGAAACUUUAAAUAACUUGAUCAAUCCUUCUCAACAAUCCCAAAAUCAACCCUCAGAGCUCAGUACUUUAAUUCCAGACAACGUGACCAAUCAAUACGGAAAUAUUUCUAAUGACAGUCCAAUUCAAGACAUUAUUAUAUAUAUUAAAGGUGGUGUUACAUAUGAAGAAUCAAGAUUAAUUCAUGAAUUAGGAGCUGCCAAUCCAAAGGUCAACUUAGUGAUUGGUGGGGAUAGCGUUCUUAAUAGUUCAACUUGGCUUGAAAAACUAUACGAUAUCGUCAACGACUCCUCAGAAGUAGUUCCUAAUAAUAUGAAUGCCCAAGCCAGAAGAACUCAAUUGAGAGAAAUUUUAUAG